CGCACCGCAGCGCGAGCGCCACGCUCAAAAUCCACCCAGUUUCAUUUCUUACAUGUUAUUUUUGACCAAAAAUUAAGUAAUCCCUGGUCUAUAAAACGAGAAAAAUGCUAAACCGCUCUAUCAACGGUGUUCAUGGAUUUUUAGCAGUUCUACAUUAAUGCUUUCUUGUCAUUUAGUAGGUUUUCUAUCCAGCUUUAGUUGAGAACGAGUGGAACAAAAACAGUAUGGUUGAAAUGAUCUCCCAGAAAAACAUUAUACACCCUUUUCGACAUUUAACAAACAUUGCGUUCGCUGUGAUCAUUAUUGCAGUUUUACAUCCAGGGGUUUGUCAGGAUGCUGAGAUAAAUCCGAAUAAAUGUCUUGUGUGGGGUCCUGGACUAAAUCCCGAUGUUGUUCUGCCUGUCAGGUACUUUUACAUUCAGACUGUAGAUUCACAUGGAGGAAACAUCACUGUCUCACCAGGCAAAGACUUAUUCAAAGUGAAGAUAACCUCUUUGGAAAAGGAGUAUCUACGUAUCCAUGCCCCACCACCCUUGGACCGGGGCGAUGGCUCACUGCUUGUGCGAUACCGUCUCUAUGGAAGCUCUGCAAAGGGUUUGAAGGUUGACGUGUUAUAUCAAGACAAGCCUGUGGCAAAGUCACCAUAUACUCUUAAAGGUCCUAUUUAUCAUGAAUACUGUGAUUGCCCAGAGUCAGAUGUGAAAGCCUGGCAGAGUGUUAUGCAGUGUUUAGAGGAAGAUCCCCAGAUUCAGCUAGAUUUCAGCUCAUUCCCUUCUAUUGACCUGCAGCAUCUCUUGCAGGAGGUUCCACAACGCUUUGCAAAGCGAGGUGGUCUCAUUCACUAUACCAUCUUAAAUAACCAGGUGCAUCGACGAUCUCUGGGCAAGUACACAGAUUUCAAGAUGUUCUCCGAUGAGAUGCUGCUCUCCCUUGCUCGAAAAGUAAAAUUACCUGAUGUGGAAUUUUAUAUAAAUGUUGGUGACUGGCCAAUGGAGAAUAGGAAAGUGAAUGACAAACCAGUGCCAGUUAUCUCAUGGUGUGGGUCCACAGAAACACGGGACAUCAUUCUUCCCACCUAUGACAUCACACACUCAACCUUAGAGGCAAUGAGAGGUGUAACAAAUGACUUGCUGUCAGUCCAGGGGAACACAGGUCCUGUGUGGUCGAAUAAACUGGGCAAGGCAUUCUUCAGAGGCAGAGACAGUCGAGAAGAGCGCUUGCAGCUGGUAACCAUGUCUCAAGAAAAUCCCGAAUUGCUUGAUGCAGGAAUAACAGCGUUCUUUUUCUUUCGUGAACGGGAGAAGGAUCUUGGCAAAGCUCCGCUGGUUGGUUUCUUUGACUUCUUUAAGUACAAAUACCAGGUGAAUGUGGAUGGAACAGUAGCUGCUUACAGGUUUCCUUACCUGAUGCUGGGCAACAGCUUGGUCCUAAAACAGGAUUCGCCAUACUAUGAACACUUUUACACACAUCUGAAACCAGGUGUACACUACAUACCCGUGAAGAGGAACCUUUCUGACCUUAUUGAGAAGAUUAAAUGGGCGAAGAGCAAUGAUGCAGAGGUAGAGAGCAUUGCUAAGAGAGGACAAUCACUGAUGAGAGAUCUACUUCAGCCUCACAGACUCUACUGCUACUAUUACUCAGUAUUUCAGACCUAUGCAAAUCGUCAGACAACUCAACCUGUCGUUCAUCCUAAUAUGGAAAUAGUGCUUCAGCCUUCUGAUCACACUGCACUGUGUAACUGUGAGAGACGAUCAGUUGACAAGCAACAUCAACAGAAGAAGGAUGAGCUUUGACAGAGUAAGCAAAAAGCAUUGACAACCCUUCACAGCUCCUCUUCCACCAAAGGUUUACUGAAACUAGUUACGAGUUACAGAAAUGCACAUGAAAGAAAUGGAAUGGAAAAUUGUUUACCAAAAUCAUUUAAAAAAAUGACAUGGAGCAUUUGUUUGUGGUUAUAAACAUUAAAAGUGUGGAUACUUUUGAAGAACAAAAAGAUUUAUUGGUUUAAUGAGCGUGCCUAGCAUGUGUGAUAAACUUUGCAUUAGGAUAUUAACCUCACUGCUUAGUUUUGAUAAGAUUUUAUUUUCCAUAUUCAAUACUAGUUAAUUUAGCAGAUGAGAUACUGAAGACUUAAUCUACUUUUUCACAUUUUACAGAAUUUUGAGUGAAAUGAACAGUGUUUUUUUUUUUAUUUCUCCUUGAAUAAUCUUGCUAGAAUGUAUCUACAUGAAUUCAGCAAAAGUAUCAUAUGUGAGCCACACCGAUGCUCAAAAAAGUAUUGUGAUCUGAGUACUAAAGUUUACAGUACUUUCAAUUACCAAGCUCACUACCAAACUACAUGACAAAGUUGGACAAAGAUUUUUGAUCAGAAUAAAGUAUUUGCACAUUGCCAUUGUUGCUAUCUUGCUCAGUCUAAACUAUAAUAUAAUGUACCAAUAAUAUUAAACAUAGUUGUCACAGAACUCAUUAGAAAAAAUGUCUGAGCAAAAAUCAUGUGUGAAGUUGCCUUAAACUUGCAGAUUUUCCUUUGCUUCCCAUGUUCGUUUGUGCAAAACAGCUGUUCUUGAGUUGAAUGCAGGUGACUGUGAUCUUUUAUAUGCCAACAUAAGGAUUUCUGAAAGCCAUUAGAGCUAUGGUUUUUUAAUAAAUGGUCCCUUUAAUCAAGUUUGAGAAAUUGUGCGCUGCUUGAUGUGGUUUGUGUUGUGUUUUUUACAUUUGUUGUAGUAAUAUUUUCUGUGUAUAAAUCUAUGAAGAAUAAAUUCACCACACAAAAACUUUG